AAAGGCAGUGCCUCUGUUGACACUGUUCGCGUGACUCGUCCUGGAAAGAUAGCAUGCGGCGGCUCGGCUGGGCGUGGACGUGCCUUUGCGUGGCCGCGACGGUGGCGCUGCUCCCGACGGCCGAGGCGACGCGGGUGCGGUUGCGCCGCGGGGGGUAUGAGGGCGUGGUCGUCGCCAUUUCGCCGGAAGUCUCCGAGUCGCAGGAGCUCGUCGAAGCCAUCAAAGACAAGAUUAAGGUUGCCUCUAGACUUCUCUUCAACGCCACCCGCAAAACCGUCUUCUUUAAAAAAGUGACCAUCCUGCUACCGAGGACAUGGCGCGACACGAAACCCGACUCUUACAGAGGGACAUUCUCUUACGAGGAGAGCGACAUCCGCGUUGCUCCUGCCAGCAGCGUCUUUGGCCACCAGCCCUACACUCUACAGCCGGAAGGGUGCGGCAGACCAGGACAAUUUUCUCACUUUACGCCAGAAUUUCUCACUAACAAGAACCUCAGCUACGUGUGGGGGCCGCCUGAGAGGCUGAUGGUGUUCGAAUGGGCCAAGCUGCGCUGGGGCGUGUUCGAGGAGAUCGGCUACCGAGACGACGAAACGUUUCCGCUGUAUUAUCGAAGAUACUGUGACGAAGAAGACGACGACGGCGACGAUGACGGAGAAGGAGAAAACAGGGAGGACCGUCUGACUGCCAACCUCUGCGUAGUUGGCAAUCUCGAAGGCCGAUAUGUAGAUUCCAAGACGGGGGGCGAGAACUGCAGCCGGCGGGAGGAAGAGUGCGACUUCCUGGUGAAGGAUUUUCGAGCGAAUCUGUGGCCAGUGUCCCUCGACGAGGAAGCGCGGCGAAGCAGGGACGUCGCUUUCUGUGACGACGAGGAAGGCUCCGCGCACCGCCACAACAGCCAGGCGCCCAACAAGCACAACCUCCGCUGCAAGGGCGAGUCCUGGUGGGCCGUCAUGAGGCGGCAUCCGGACUUCAAGGACACUCUCUCCAGGCCAAGCGCGCCCAAGGAGACUCAGUUCAAGGUGGUACAGCAAAUCGACGCCCGGGUGGUCUUGGUGCUCGAUCUGACCCAGCCGAGGACCGCCGACGGCAGCCUCGCCUUCGCCCGCCGCUGGCUUUACGAGGGCGCGGAGGCCGGGUCCUAUGUGGGCGUCUUGCUCGUCCUGCCGGGAAGCAGCAGGGAAGUAGUAAUGGUCGCCCAGAUGACUCGUGUUACUCUGUCAUCGCGCCUGGAGAUCAUAAGGGAUCUGGAGAAGAAAGCUGCGAGGGGCGAGGUGAGCUCAGAACCGACAGCCAGCGUCAGGAAGGGCUUGCAGGAGGCUUUGAAGAUGUUAACUGACACCCAUUUUAACGCUGUCAUCAUUGUGGUAAGCAGUAAUAAGGUGUAUAAAAAAGAUCUCGUUGACUUUGAUCCCAAUUGGACCACGCCUGUUUAUACAAUCUCCUCAGUAGCGUCGGAUGACUUGCGAGAGUUCGUGGAAAAAACGAAAGGUAAAUUCGUUUUCCUAACAGACCCUCUGGACGAAGAUAAACAGAGGGAACUCGUCGUCGAUGUGGCCAGAUACGUUUCUCAGCCUCGUGGUCCUCGCAGUGAAACUCCUAUUUCCUUUCAAAACGAGAUGAUCUGGGGCAAGACGGAAGGCUCGAACGUGCAGACCGAUGGCACACCAGGGACCUACGUCUUCCGCUUAAGCACUAACAACCGGAACCACGUGCUGGAGCCGCCGACAGUGGCGCAUUCUAACGGCAAACUGUACCAGGCCAAACUACAGGCUGGGUCGUCCUUGAACCAGUGGACAGUGGUUGUUGACGAUGCCAGCACAAGUGAACCUGGGGCAUGGGUAUGGCGACUCAACACGACAGACGACGCAGAUUCGUUCGUGAGACUGGAAACGCUUCUGGAGCCCAAGGGACCCGUGGUGCAGGUGGAGUCCUGGAUCGAGCCAACCUCGGGACCGGACGGCGUGACCGGGGCAUCUGCCGGGGCUCUCCUGUACGCGAAGGUGACGCAGGGUGAAAUGCCAGUCCUGGGCGCUGUCGUCGAAGCCAUUGUGAGCAGCGCAGAAAACAGCAGUGUGAGGCAGCGUCUACGGCUCUUCGAUACCGGCCACGGCGCUGAUGCUCAGACGAAGGACGGUCUGUAUUCCUGCUUCGUCCCUCCCUUCGCGAACGGCAACUUAUCCGUCGAGGUCAAGGUGAUGAGCAACAACGAGACAAAGGUUCGACAAGCAGUCCAAGAUGGACUCUCCCUGAAGCCGUCGAGAAAAAUGUGCUGUGGCAGUUCAUUUCCCUCUGCGACCAAGACGCGUCCUGUGCCCUAUAUGAAUAGGAGGAGCCAUGCAGGGACAUUCGCGAUCAAUUACAACCUCAGAGACGACCGCAUUCCGCCCUUCCGCGUGACUGACCUCCGGGCGAAGGGGGUGGCACUGAGUGGCUUCUACGUACGCGUGCGACUGGCGUGGACGGCGACCGGCGAUGACUGCGACUUCGGCCAAGCCUCCCGCUACACCGUGCGGGCCAGUCGGCGCCGAGGCCCAGUGCAGGCCGAGACGUGCGUCGACGCCUGCUCGAAGCUGGAGCCAGUGUUCGAAGCCGGGGCCGCGUCGUCGAAAGCGGGCCAGAGGGUGACUGCCAGCGUCUACGUUCCAAACUACGGGGCCACCCAUUUCUUCUUCGCCGUCACCGCCUAUGACGAGGUUGGCAACGCCAGCCCGCCCUCGAACGUGGUGGCCGUGGGGAUGCGGGGCAGCCUGUACCGGGACUGGCGGCGAUGGGCGCAGAUCCUCCAGUGGGUCUUGCUCAGCGUGUUGGCAGCGGUGGGACUCGCCUUGCCGUUGCUCCUGGCCUGUGACCGACACCAAUGCAGGUUCCUUUGGCAGGACGAAACUCCUCCCCGCUAGUUGUGAGCCGCUUGACGGAAGCCAGACUUAUAAACUAUCAAGAAAAGCGAGGGAGCUGUAGUGCAGCCUCCACGUCUCAGAACCAUGAUAAAACCUCCCUCGAUGUUGAAGCUUUUUAGUCUAGUCCUCAGGUGACUAGCUCAAACAGGUUGCUGCAAAAACCCAUAGUGGUCUAGCGCUGUGGUUCUUAACCUGGGGGGCUUCAGUAUUUUGCAAAGGGGGCGCGUGAGCCCUUGGACAAAGGCAGUGAUUUCUCUAAUUAUCUCAUAAUGGUCACAUAAUGGAAAAUUUAAUUAUAAUGCCACUAAUUCAUACUCAUUGAAGAGACCAACAAAACAUACCUAUAUUUUUCUUUAAAAUCUGGAAGGGAUUUUUAUUUACAGAUGCAAGGGAGGCGUGGUGGGAAGGACAAAUUACUGAAGGGGGCGUGGUAGUCAAAGGGAUGAGAACCACUGGUCUAGUGUCUGGAGUCCCGACAGCGGCCGGAUCUGGCUCACGUUGGCCGGAGAGAAGAGACCAGCGCGAGCUGACUGGCCAAAACAGCUGAUCUAGUACGAAGUGAUCAAGGUCGUGUGUGAUAGACAUAACAAUGAACGAAGGUGAUUUCCACAGUAAUGUGACAGUAGAUAAAGGUUAUACUACAUUAGCAGUUACAUGGUUCAUAAGCAAAUUAUAACAACAUGAUAACAAAGUUACUAGAUUUAUAAUAAGAAGGUCUCCACCAUGGACAGUUAAGUCAAACAAAAAAGAGAAGAAUAUCGGGUAUUAUUGCAAAAAGAUGCAACCAUCCUAACCUUAAAACAAACUUACGAUCUUCAAUGAGUUUUAAUCACAAUCGAAGAACUGGUGAGAUAUUUUGCUUCUGACAUAUAUAUAUAUAUAUAUAUAUAUACAUAUAUAUACACACACACACACAUACACACACACACACACACACACAUAUACAGACACAGAGAGAGACUGCAACAAAAGGUUCCUAUCUGUGUUUAUGGAGCUUUGAUUACCAUACCUAUUUUGUUGUGUUA